AGGCUGUGAUGGGUUGACAGGUGCGUGACAGUGGGAGCUGCUCUCGGCACAAGCAUGUACGGCAAAGGCAAGAGUAACAGCAGCGCCGUCCCGUCCGACAGCCAGGCCCGGGAGAAGUUAGCACUCUACGUAUAUGAAUAUCUGCUCCAUGUAGGAGCUCAGAAAUCGGCCCAAACAUUUUUGUCAGAGAUAAGAUGGGAAAAAAACAUCACAUUGGGGGAACCACCAGGAUUCUUACAUUCUUGGUGGUGUGUAUUUUGGGAUCUCUACUGUGCAGCUCCAGAAAGACGGGAAACAUGUGAACAUUCAAGUGAAGCAAAAGCCUUCCAUGAUUAUAGUGCUGCAGCAGCUCCCAGUCCAGUGCUAGGAAACAUUCCCCCAGGAGAUGGCAUGCCAGUAGGUCCUGUACCACCAGGGUUCUUUCAGCCUUUUAUGUCACCUCGGUACCCUGGAGGUCCAAGGCCCCCAUUGAGGAUACCUAACCAGGCACUUGGAGGUGUCCCAGGAAGUCAGCCUUUACUUCCCAGUGGAAUAGACCCAACUCGACAACAAGGACAUCCAAAUAUGGGUGGACCAAUGCAGAGAAUGACUCCUCCAAGAGGAAUGGUGCCCUUAGGACCACAGAACUAUGGAGGUGCAAUGAGACCCCCACUGAAUGCUUUAGGUGGCCCUGGAAUGCCUGGAAUGAACAUGGGUCCAGGUGGUGGUAGACCUUGGCCAAACCCAACAAAUGCCAAUUCAAUACCAUACUCCUCAGCAUCUCCUGGGAAUUAUGUAGGUCCUCCAGGAGGUGGAGGGCCGCCAGGAACACCCAUCAUGCCUAGUCCAGCAGAUUCAACCAACUCUGGAGACAACAUGUAUACUUUAAUGAAUGCAGUACCUCCUGGACCUAACAGGCCUAAUUUUCCAAUGGGCCCUGGGUCAGAUGGUCCCAUGGGUGGAUUAGGAGGAAUGGAAUCACAUCACAUGAAUGGCUCUUUAGGCUCAGGAGAUAUGGACAGUAUUUCCAAGAAUUCUCCCAAUAAUAUGAGCCUGAGUAAUCAGCCGGGCACUCCAAGGGAUGAUGGAGAAAUGGGGGGAAAUUUCUUAAAUCCUUUUCAGAGUGAGAGUUACUCCCCUAGCAUGACAAUGAGUGUGUGAUCCGUUACCAAGUCUCCUCAUGAAAACCACAGUGAGUCAGCCCUUCACAGAACUACUACGGAAGAAAAUUAUUCAUCACAGUGGACAGUUAAACAAAGGAAUCUCAGUCACACCAAACCGACCUUUUUAUUUCCUGCUCUCUCCCCUAUUUUGUGAAGAAAGCGGGUCCAAACAUGAUUCAAACAACUGUACGGAGCGGCAUAUUAGAAUUGCCCUAAACUGAACUGCAAAUAAUUAUCUGUGUAUGUAUAUGUGUGGGAAAGAGAAUGUAUCGUAUAUGUGUAUGUUACAUGGACAUACACACAUACGUACAUUGACCCACAGGACAUUGUAAAAUAUUAUCACAUGACAUCUUACGUAGAAAUAAGUAGGGACUUUUAUUCCAUCCUUUUUUUCACGUUUACAUUUUAAUUAUUAAAAGUUGCUCCUGCCCCUCCCUGAA